AUGCGCGAUAAACGUGGCUUCACGCCAGCCGGUGCCUUUUUGUUGAAGAGCAUUCACAUCGCCAUCCGCAGCAGCCCCUCGUUCUCGCAAUCGCCAUCGCCAUCACAGCUACGUCGCAGCUUCAGUGCCAGUGCCAGCAGUCUGAGAGCAAGCAUGGCGCCACGCGACCCCAACACCCUCGCCAACUACGGCGAGUGGCUCACGAAGCACACGACCGCCAAUUUCAAGAUCAACUUCGAGGAGCAGCGCCUCGAGGGCUCCGUCGUCUUGGAGCUCGAGUCCCUGACAGACAGACUAAGUCGUGAGAUCGUCCUGGACACCAACCACCUCUCGGUGCAGUCCGUCAAGCUUGAUGACUCGUCCGACUCGAAGUGGGCCCUCAAGUAUCGGAUCGAGCCCUACGGCGCGCCGCUGAGCAUCUCUGUGCCCGAGGGCGUGGCCCAGGGCCGCGUCGUCAAGCUCGACAUCGCCGUCGAGACCACCAAGGACUGUGCUGGUCUGCAGUGGAUGACGCUCGCCCAGACCGGCAACAAGAAGCACCCCUAUGUCUACUCGCAGUGCCAGGCCAUACUGGCCCGGUCCAUCUUCCCCUGCCAAGACACACCGGAUGUCAAGUCCACCUUCACCUUCAACAUCACGUCGCCGCUGCCCGUCGUCGCGAGCGGUGUGCCCGUGCCGUCGGACAGCACCAGCAAGGACGGGGAGGGCGGCAAGCUUUUCCGCUUCGAGCAGAAGGUGCCGAUCCCAUCGUACCUCUUCGCGCUGGCGUCAGGUGACCUCGAGACCGCCCGCAUCGGUAAGCGCUCGGUGGUCGCCACCGGCCCGGAGGCUCUGCAGGCCGCGAAGUGGGAGCUGGAAGACGACAUGGACAAGUUCCUUGCCGUCGCCGAGAAGCUCGUUUUCGACUACCAGUGGGGCGAGUACAACGUGCUUGUUCUGCCUCCAAGCUUCGCCUACGGAGGCAUGGAGAACCCCAUCUUCACGUUUGCGACGCCGACCAUCAUCAGUGGCGACCGCCAGAAUGUCGAUGUCAUUGCGCAUGAGCUCAGCCAUAGCUGGAGUGGUAACUUGGUGAGCUGUGCGUCGUGGGAACACUUCUGGCUCAAUGAGGGUUGGACCACGUAUCUUGAGCGUCGUAUCGGAGCUGCUAUCCACGGCGAGCCGCAGUUUGACUUCUCCGCCAUCAUCGGAUGGAAGGCUCUCGAGGACUUUGUCUCACUAUUUGGCGCUGACAACGAAUUCACCAAGCUCAUCAUCAACCACAAGGGAGUAGAUCCCGAAGACGCAUUCAGUAGCGUUCCUUACGAGAAGGGCUUCCAUUUCAUCUACUAUCUCGACAGACUCGUGGGACGAGAAAACUUUGACAAGUUCAUUCCUCACUACUUCAAGACCUGGGCCCGCAAGUCUUUAGACUCGUUCGAGUUCAAGAAGACAUUCUUGGAUUUCUUCGAGAACUAUGGAAAUGCGGAGAUCAAGGAGAAAAUUGCCCAGAUCCCGUGGGAGGACCGGUUUUACAAGCCUGGCUUGCCGCCGAAGCCUGAGUUCAAUACGGCUUAUGUCGACAGCUGUCUGGCCCUCGCCGAGAAGUGGAAGCACGAGGACUACAAACCCAGCGCAUCAGACAUCGAGUCAUUCAACGCCAACCAGACACUCGUCUUCCUCCAGGCCGUGCAGAACUUCGCGUCGCCGCUUAGCGCCGAGCGGUCGCACCUCCUCGGCACGACCUACAGCAUCAGCUCGUCCAAGAACGUCGAGCUCAAGUCGGCCUACUACCUCAUCGCCCUCAGGGCCGGUGACAAGAAGGAGCUGUCGGGUAUUGUCGAUUUGCUGGCGUCCGUAGGCCGCAUGAAGUUCGUCAGGCCGCUGUACCGGAAGCUCAACGAGAUCGAUAGGGAUUUGGCGGUCAGGACGUUCCAGGAGAAUAGGGACUUUUAUCCCUCGACGACGAAGGGGCAGAUUGCGAAGGAUUUGGGGUUGAAGUAG